AUGAACGAUAAUAUUAUAUAAAAGCUAAAAGAACAACAUGAAUUAGAAAAGUAACAAAUGAUUAAAGAAUUUAUGAAGAGAAUAGAUUUAUUAUUGCAGAGUAAUGUGCAAAAGUACCCAGAAGCUGAAAAUUGGAAAGAGUUGAUAUUGAAAUAUGAGAAACAAAGACAAAAUGAAUUAUAUGAGUUGAGAUAGCAUUUGGAAGUAUUAUAAAGAUCAUAAAUCAACACAAAAGAUAUUGAAUUCUAUGCAGAAAGAAGAGCUUAUGAAAAUAAGAUCAAUGAAUUAUAAAAUAAAUUGUAACAAGAUGAUGUUUAGGAUCUUUAUGAUACUAUUGAAUAUCAAAGAAAUGUUAUACUAGAUUUAGAAGAUUAAAUUGGUCUAUUGUAGAAUGAAAGAUAGUAAUUGGAUUAACAUAUUUAACAAUUGAAUUAGACUAUAGAUGUUCUGAAAGAAAAUUUAUCAAGAUAUCAAUAAUAAUAAGAUACAAGGAGGAAACAAAAAGCUGAAGUAAUGGAGGCUAUUGAUGAGAUGAAAAGAGAAAGAGAGAAAGAGAGAGAAAGAGAUACAGAUAGAUAUAGAGAUUUAGAUUCUUUUAGGUCUCCCUAACGACCAUAUCGAUAUAGUCAUAAGAGCUCAUGGGAACGUAACAAUAAAGAUUGGAGAUUUUCGAAUUAACAAGUACCAUCUCCUAGACCACCAGUGAGUACAAUCCAUUAUCAAUCUUAACCAAUUUUAUCGUAUCAAUAGGAAAAUAAGGAAAUUGUCUCUAAAUUGUAAGAGAUUAAUGAAAUUAAAUACAAAUACUAAACUGCAUUAAAUAAUAUACUUAAAUUAGAAGCUUAAGUAAUAGAAAAACUAUAAUAAGAUGACAUUAUAGUGGAAUGA